AUGGCACCAUCAUCAAAAUUUGAUAAGCUUCCCUCUGGUUUUGAGAUUUCUCCUGAUAAUUCAUAUGCUGUAUUUUCAAAGAUAAUCGAAAAACCAGAAAAUGAUAAUCGUUCCUAUCGCUUGAUUCAUCUAAAUAAUGAGUUAGAAGCAUUGCUUAUUCAUGACCCUGAAACUGACAAGUCUAGUGCUGCUUUAGAUGUCCAUGUUGGACAGUUAUCUGAUCCAGACAAUUUAGAAGGUCUUGCUCAUUUCUGCGAACAUCUUUUGUUCAUGGGUACUAAAAAGUAUCCAAAAGAAAAUGAAUACUCCGAGGUAAUUGAAAUUUAUUAUAGUGUUAAAAUGCAAAAAUCAUCUGCGAUUGCCAAUUACUUAUCAAAUCACGGUGGAUAUUCAAAUGCAUAUACUAGUGAAGAUCAUACAAACUAUUAUUUUGAAGUAGCUCAUAAAAAUUUGGAAGAAUUUAAAAAAAAUCUUCAGUCUGAUAUAAAUAGGUUUUAUGAACUUGGAAGAAUUUUAUCAAGCCCAAAACACCCUUAUAGAAAAUUUGGUACUGGAAAUUUAGUUACCUUAAAAGAUAAUCCACUUAAAGAAGGGUUGGAUAUUAGAGAUGAGUUAUUAAAGUUUCACAACAAUUAUUACUCAGCAAAUAUUAUGAAAUUGGUUGUGUUGGGUCAAGAGCCUUUGGAUCAAUUAACUCAAUGGGUAGUAGAUAAAUUUUCUGAUGUUAAUAAUAAAUCAAUACCAAUACCAAUUUUCAAAGAAAACCCUUAUACUAAAAAUGAGUUGAUGAAAAAAGUAUUUAUCAAACCAGUCAAGGAUUUAAUAAGUUUGAAAAUAAAGUUUCCUUUUCCAGUCCAAGAUCCUUUAUUCCGUGCUAAGCCUGGAAGGUAUCUAUCACAUCUAUUGGGCCAUGAAGGUGCUGGCUCUAUAUUUUCACUGUUGAAAAAGAAAGGUUUAGCAAAUUCUUUGGAAGCAGGAGCAGAAGAUUCAAAUGCAGGAUUUGGAUUCUUCAAGAUUGAUGUUGAUUUAACUGAAUCGGGUCUAGCUAAUUAUGAAGAAGUUGUUAAAAUCAUUUUUCAAUACAUUAAAAUGUUGAAAAAUGAAGGAAUUCAAGAAUGGAUAUACCAUGAGGCUGAGAUUCUUUCCGCUGUAUCAUUUAAAUUCAAAGAAAAAUCUCCACCUGAAGAUUACACUUCUGAACUUUCCAAUGCUUUACAAAGUCCAUAUCCUCGUGAAUGGGUCUUAAAUAAAUCAUAUAUUUUUAGGGAAUACAACCCUAAAUUAAUCCAAGAAAAUUUAGAUUGGUUAAGACCCGAUAAUUUUAUCCUUACUUUAGUCAGUCAAACUUUUACUAAUUUGGAUCAAAAAGAAAAAUGGUAUGGUAUAGAGUAUAAAGUUGAACCUAUGAGUGAAAACUUUCUUCAGGAAUUAAAAUCAACAACUAUUGACUCUGAAUUAAAACUCCCAUUACCAAAUGAGUUUAUUCCAACAAACUUUGAAAUUAAAAAACAAGGAAUCAUUACUCCCCUCAAACAUCCAAAUUUGAUUAAAAACACUGACUUGGUUCGUAUUUGGUAUAAAAAAGAUGAUACAUUUUGGGUACCUAAAGUUUACAUUUGGUUCAAAAUUCAAAGUCCGCUAGUGUAUGCUACACCAUCCAAUGCUGUUAAGACCCGUUUAUAUUUGGAUUUGAUAGAAGAUGCAUUAAAUGAAUACUCUUAUAGUGCAAAAAUUGCAGAACUUGAUUAUAAUUUAGAAUAUGAUGAAAAUUUUUACAUUUACAUUUCUGGAUACAAUGAUAAAGCAGCGGUUCUUUUAGAAAAAAUACUUUUGAAAAUGAAGAAUUAUGAGGUAGACUCAAAAAGGUUUGAUCUAUACAAAGAAAAACUAUUACGGGAAUAUCAUAAUACCUUAUAUAAUGCACCUUACCAAACUGCAAUGUAUUAUACCUAUAAUUUACUUUCUCAAAAAUUUUGGACCCAUGAAGAAAAAUUAUCCGCAUUGGAGAAUAUUGUUAGUCAGGAUAUACAAAAUUUUUAUCCAAAUUUAUUAAAUGAUUUACAUGUUGAAUGUUUAGUUCAUGGAAAUGUUGAUAAAGAAGAUUCACUAAAAUAUAUAAAAAUUUUUGAAGACAUUUUAAAACCUAAGCCACUUUCUCCUUCACAAAGAAUUGGGGAUAGACCAAUUUUAUUACCAGUGGGAAAAAGAUAUGUUUAUCAACAUGAUGUUUAUGAUGUUAAUGACAUCAAUUCAGCAAUAGAAUAUUAUAUUGAACUUUGUCAUAAUAAAGAUGUUAAAUCAAGAAACAAAUUAAGUAUAUUGGCACAAAUUAUUAAUCAACCUUUUUUUGAUCAAAUUAGAACUAAAGAACAAUUAGAUUCAACUUCUGGAAUCAUGGGUUUAGUAUUUAUAGUUCAAAGUGAAAAAGAUCCAAAUUAUCUUGAACAUCGAAUUGAAGACUUUUUUAAAAACUUACAAAAAAUAAUUGAAGAAAUGUCAGAUGAAGUAUAUCAGAAUCAAAUUCAAUCAAUCAUUACCAUAAAAACAGAAAAGCCCAAAAAUCUAUACCAAGAAGCUUCUAAAUAUUGGGGUCAUAUUACUGAUGGAUUUUAUGAAUUUAAUAAAGUUGAAACUGAUGUUGAAGAACUACACAAAAUUACAAAAUCAGAAAUACUUGAUUUUUUCAAAGAUCAUUUUUAUACAACAUCACCAAAUCAUAAAAAACUUUCGGUACAUUUAAAAUCACAGAACAAAGUCCAAACAACCAAACCAAUUGACAUAAAAUAUCUUCAUUCAUGUUUGAAUGAACAAGGAAUCACUAAAUUUGAUUUAAAAGAAUUAGAAGAGGCUUUAAAUUCUGCUAAACCAGGAAAAAUUGAUGCACAAACAUUAGAAAAGAUUUUGAAAACAUUGUUAGUUGAUGAGACCAAGGCAAAUGAAGAAAUAGAAGUCUUGAUGAAAAAGAUUAGCAAAUCAUAUUUGAAUGGUGGUGAUGAAAGCAGCAAUAAUAUUAUUAAAGACUUGAAUGGUGAUGGUGAUUGCAAUAAUAAAACUAAAGAGAAUGGUAUUCUUGUUGAUGGAAAACAAGGAAUUCAUGUUGAUAGUGAAUUGAUUGAAGAUAUUGUUUUAUGGAAAUCUAGUAUGGAUUUAGGACCAGCACCAACUCCUAACAUUGAUUUAAAUAAUUUUAUUGAAACAACAAAAUAA